AUGGGGAACUCGUCGGACAGCUCAGACGAUGGAAAAUCAUCACGGUUUUCGUUCAAAAAACUCGAUCGUUACAACUGGGCCGAAUGGAAGACUCGGUUCGAGAACAUCAUCACCGCCAAGGGCUAUGAAGACAUCAUGAAGGACGAAUGGGUCAAAGCCAACAAAGAUACACCCGAAUUUCGACAAAUGUCAGCCUGGUGCAUGAAUCGCUUGUACUCAUCGGUUAAGGAGGAGUUACACCCGGUCGUUAGUGCACACAACGGCGAUAUCUAUGGUGCAAUUCACGCCUUAGGUGCUGCUUGCGGCGAGAAGUCCAUCAUCAGUCUCUGUGAUAAACUCAACGCAAUAAUCAAUUGCACCUACAUGCCGGGAUCAUCGCUGGUUCAACAUCUUACGACGUUCUGA